CCUUUUGCUGAGAUUUUUGCUCUUAUCCCAACAAAUACCAUACCCAAAUUAAACCAGACAGAACUAAUUAUAGAACUUCAUUGUUGCACACAACCACAAGUAUAAAACUUGAUUAAUCCAAGCAAGCAUUUUAAUUUCACAGUUCGCUUGUUUCGAUCUUUGUUACACUUAUAUCGACCUGAUCAUCUGAAAACAGCAAGAGUUAAUCGUUUGUCUUGGCAAAAGAUCGAAGGUGGCCUCCUUUUGCUCUGCUCCUCAGUAUCUUGAGUAUUGCUUAUUGAAUUCAUAUCGAAGUCUAAUUUUGUCAAAUUGCGCCCUGCUCUCCCAAAAUGCAGAUGGAAGCUGCAGAUGUAACCCAUCCGAAGGGAGAGAAGAAGAAGGAACAUGCCGAAGAGGCCAAACCGGCGAAGGACAAGAAGGACAAGAAGGAGAAUAAAGAAAAGAGCAAGGAAAAGAAGGAGAAAGUCGGGGAGGCGACUGACACGACCAAGCUUAGAGCGAAGCUAGAGAAGAUUGAUGCGAAGAUCGACGACCUGAAGGCGAAGAAGCAGGAGAUCGUGGCUAGACUCCUCGAGCUGGAGGGUGAUGGCACAAAUGCAGCAGCAGCAGCACCUGCGAGCGGAUGAGGUUUCAAGAAGUUCAUAAAUUGAGAAGGUGAAACAAUUUGAAGGCAAUGCAGCUGGUGACAUUUCUACAAGUUGGUGCAAGAAUUUGGUUUUUGCGCUGUUAGUCUGUUAAUGCGACAGUUCAUGUACACUGAUCUGUCUUUCUGGUAAAUAUGUAUGUGUAAUGUGUGCAAGACAGCCCUAAAUGGACAACAGAUCAUGGGAUUGCUUGGAUGACGGUAUUUCUCUGAGUGCUAUUCUACUAGGCAGUUGUGGUACUUCGAUGAAAUUUAAACCAAUAUUUAGUGCACAAAACUUUUUUAUUGUUCAAC